AUGCUUCCAAAAUUGAAGGCCAAACUUUCGAAUAAAACAAAAACAUUUCAUCGUAAUCAUGGCUGGUUAGUUGGUACAACAGACCACACACAACAAAGAUACGCGCCUGAAUCUCAGGUAUGCCCAAAAAAUCCACCCUGCAUGUUGAGAUCAAGUCUCGCUUUGCGUUAUGCUGGGGACAUCUAUUUGUUUGGUGCCUCUGUAUAUCAUUUUGUUCUUGAAAAACAUGAAAAGAGGAAGGUUAGGGUGGCAGCUGGUGCUGUGACACGCUUCUGCAGGUCAGUAGUGGUAGGUGCUCGCAUCUCAUUCGAUUAUACCUGGUCAUUGUGGGGUCUGGAUCCAGAAAGUGAGGAAUAUAAGAAAGCUAUAACGAGUUGUCAUUUACGAGGAGCUGAGCUUCUAAAGAAUGGUUGCCUAAAAAAUGGGGGUCUCUAUGUGAAACUUGGACAAGGGUUGGUCUCCUUGAACCAUCUGCUACCCCCAGAAUACAUCAUGAUCCUCAGUUCGCUACAAGACCAAGCCUUACACAGGCAUUCAGAUGAGGUUGAACAGUUGUUUCUGGAAGAUUUUCAGCAGAGUCCUUAUACAAUGUUCAAAUCCUUUGAAAGGAUGCCAAUUGCUGCUGCUAGCUUGGCUCAAGUCCACCGAGCCGUGACUUAUUCAGGCAAAGAAGUUGCAGUUAAGAUUCAAUACAUUGACUUACAAGAUCGUUUCUUUGGAGACCUUCUCACCUGUGAAGUCCUGCUGAAGGUUAUUGAAUUCCUGCAUCCAAAUUUUGGCUUUGGCUGGGUUUUAAAGGACAUGAAAGCCACUCUGGCCAAAGAACUUGAUUUUAUCAAUGAAGGCCUAAAUGGAGAGAAAUGUGCAGCUGACCUUUGCCAUUUGAAUUAUGUUCAUGUACCUGAAAUUCACUGGGACAAGACAAGUAAGAGAGUCCUGACAGCGGAAUUUAUUGAUGGCUGUAAAAUUACUGAUAAAAGAGCAAUACAUAAAAUGGGACUCUCACUUUAUGACAUGAAUCGCAAACUAAUAGAAAGUUUCUCGGACCAAAUCUUUCGUACAGGAUUUGUACAUGGUGACCCACAUCCUGGCAAUGUUUUUGUGCGGAAAGGCAAGAGUGGUCGAGGUGAAUUGGUGCUUUUAGACCAUGGAUUGUACGAAGUGUUAAAAGAUGACGAACGUUUUGCUUUAUGUGAACUCUUCAAAGCCAUUGUUAUGAAGGAUGAGGCUGCAAUGCAAGAGUACUCCAGAAUGUUAGGAGUAUCAAACUAUGAGGCCUUUUGUGAAAUCUUAGUCCAGCGACCGGUGACGAGAACUUCUGUUAAGCUUCCGAGUAGUUUGACCACAGAAGAAAUGGAAAAAAUGAAGAGUGAUGUCAUCCAACAUUUUGAUGAAAUCAUGCAAGUUCUAAAAGAGAUGCCACGUACUAUGAUCCUUGUCAUCAGGAAUUUGAAUACGAUUCGUGCCAUCACGAAAGAGCUUGGAGACCAAAUUGACAGAUACACCAUCAUGGUACGCAGGUCUAUCUCAGGAAUUUGUAGUGCCCAGCAGUCAGGCUUUUUGAAAAAGAUGAAAACCUCUUUCCAGCUUUUAAAAUUUGAAUUACUUAUCAGCUUAGAAAAUUUCAAGCGUUGGCUGAGUUUCUCCUAUAUACGAUUGCAGUGCCUCCUUGGCAUCAACCCUGAACUCAAAGAGCUUACUGAUUUAAUCCAGUCACAGAAAUCCAGGUAUGAACAGAUUUGA